AAUCAAGGUAGUAGUAAAUCUUAUCAUAGCAGAAAGGGAAAGAGAGAAAUGGCUCCUUCAGUGCUCUCCUCUGCCAUUGUCACGCCCUUUAAGGCUCAGGCCAACAUGGUGGCUCCGUUCACCGGCCUGAAGUCCAACACUGCCUUCCCGGUCAUCCGGAAGAGCAAAAAUGACAUUUCUUCUCUCCCAAGCAAUGGGUGCAGGGUUAGAUGCAUGCAGGUGUGGCCACCAAUUGGGAAGAAGAAGUUCGAGACACUCUCGUACCUUCCUCCACUAUCCCCAGAGUCCUUGGCUAAGGAAGUUGAUUACCUACUCCGGCAGAGAUGGCGCGCAUUCGUCUACCACGAGAACCACAGGUCCCCUGGAUACUAUGAUGGCCGCUAUUGGACCAUGUGGAAACUUCCCAUGUUUGGAUGCACCGACUCUUCUCAGGUGUUGAAGGAGCUUGAGGAAGCCAAGAAGGCUUACCCCAACUCAUUCAUCAGAAUUAUUGGAUUCGACAAUGUUCGCCAAGUGCAGUGCAUCAGUUUCAUUGCCUACAAGCCCCCAGGCUUCUAAACUUAGGGAUUAAUGCAUGUACACCCCAUGUAGGGGGUCGGCUUGUGUUAUACUUAUUCGUUGAAAAUCACACUUUGUUUUUUCAUUUUUGGAUAUUUCGCUCUUUUCAAUUUCUGGGUUUCGGAUUUCCUAUGGAAAUGGAUGUAAGAACUAAUGAAGAAAGAGUAGUUUC